AUGCUGGUGGUAUCUACCUUGUCAAGAACAGGUGCAGGUGGUCUCAGUACUCCAGGAUCUGUGCGUUCCCACAUUACGCGCUCAAACAUGACCUCUCUUGGGUCUGAAACCCCUGGACUAUCACGAAAUGUAACUCGUGCUCCCAGUAUCUCGGCUAUGACUUCUCUUGAGGAAACUAUUGCUACAGUUGAAGCUAAGAGAUGUUCUUCGGGAGCUUUUGCAGCUGGCCAGGCUUAUCCUCGAGCUUCAGCGGGUCCAAGUACUGAUGCAAUCGCUGAAGAGUUGCGAAGAAUUUUGAAGAGCCGUGUUCUGAAGUCCAGAACUUUAUUUAGAGAUUUGCAGUUUAUUUCUGCUUUCGUCCCCCCUCAUAUGUUGGACUUAACUGACUUAGGCAAGGCUUUUUGGGAUGUUAGCUUAGCUGCCUUGUCAAUAAAGGAAGAGGCACUGGGCUUGAUCGUCGAUACCGCUACUGAGAUUUUUCAAUAUAAGACAGGUAUGAUCUCAACAGCUGGUGUCGCUGAUCAUAGGUUUUUAUCUCAAUGGACACUUGCUGAUUGUGCUUGGUUAUGGAAUAUUGCCUCUAAGGAAGGCGAUAUAGCAGGCCAGAGGGAACUGGCUAUUAUGCACAUGUCACACCCCGAGAUCACGCCAAUUAGCUUACUGCCGUUCUCUAAAAUAGCUGACGUUUUCGAGCAGUCUUUGUUAGAGGACCCCAGAAUCCUUGAUGAUUUGGAUAAAUAUGAUCCAAUUCGAAUGGCGGUUAUAAAGCAUUGGAUGACCAAUGCUGCCAAUUAUGGUGAUGCGAUUGCCACAGAGUAUCUUAUGCAGCAAACGCCUCAGGGGUAUAUCUGA